CUCCAAUUGAUGUAUCAGUGGUGCUUUUCCUGUCACUUGAUUGAAUCGGCAAGCCAUGGUUACAAUUCCAAUUGACUGGGCCUUGUACCAGACAUACCUUGCCGGUGAAUUGGUGCAUGAGAUUUUCAUGGCAACAAUUCUUCACCGACCGGUAAGGGAUAUGGACCUUGGACUCUUGGAUAUCGACACUUGCAUUGCUUUGGAGCAGCUCGCCAAUGUGAUGGCCACUGCUUACUCUAACGCCGUUCGUCUUAAAAUUAACAUGGUUAGAUACAAUGACGCCCUGGACAAAGAUGAAUCCGGUCGAAGUGAGACACGAGAGGAGAAUCUUUUUAACAGAUUCCCCCCUGAAGAGGAGCGUUUCUUGACAACCCCAUCUGUUGUCAUUGAUUCCGGCGGUAGAAUCAUUGUCUGGUAUUUGCCUGGAGCACUGACCACUAUGAUAAUGAAAGAUAUUCAUGGUGCCACGCAUUCCAUGAGUGGUCUGUUGAAGCAUAGCAUCACAACAAGCAAGAUCACUCAAUGGAGGACCAACCGGUCAAACUUCCAUAUAAGUCCAGAUGGGAUGGUCACCCCCGGUUGUAUCAAUAUAUCCCCUGCAUGGUUUCAACAAGGAAGAGAGAAACACGGCUUUCCGAAUCUUGACCCGGAAGAUGGCUUCUCGCCAGAGGUAUCAGCGGCACUGAAAGGUGAUGCCGGUCACAACAUUACGACAUCCCUUCAAAGGUCCGGUAUCAUCGUCUCUGCUGCACUUCGGGUCAUGCACCCUGAUCUUUAUUGGGCCGGAAUGGAAACUCAAGUCAGGCUUGGUAAAUGGGCUUCCAGAUAUGAAUUAGACAAGAUGCACUAUCAUCUUCAACGCUGGACAUCUGUCUUUAAUGUGGUAUCUAUCAUAUGCAAUCGCCGGUCGCCCCUCAUAGAGAUCCCAAAUGUCGACCAGCAGCAUUUGAUAUCAUGA